GUCGAAAAAACGACUGACUACCCUUCGGCUGAGUACUCCCUGGUGGAGGAUGUAGCCCUCCACUUCACGUGUUUGAUGGACAGACUGAACGAGCAGCGCCUCUUUCAGCCGGACCUGUGCGACGUGGACAUCGUGCUGGUGCAGCACAAGAGCAUCUUCCCGGCGCACAAGGGGGUCCUGGCAGCCUACAGCCAGUUCUUCCACUCCCUCUUCACCCAAAACAAGCAGUUGCAGCGUGUGGAACUCUCACUGGAAGCCCUCACUUCACAAGGUCUUCAGCAGAUCCUCAACUUCAUCUACACCUCCAAGCUCCUCGUCAACUCCUGUAAUGUGCAGGACGUGCUGAACGCGGCCGCCGUGCUGCAGAUGAACAACAUCGCUUCCUCCUGCCAGGAUCUUCUCGACACCCGCUCACUCAGCCUGGCCACUGACAUGGCCCUGCCUGCCGAGAGCUGUGCUGGACCUCCACCCUACUACUGUGAGAUCAAGCAAGAGGUGGACCCUCCUCAUCCCAAGAUCUACGCCCGGGAAGGCAACGACCCUUACUCGGUGCGGGUGGAGGAUGGAGCAGGUGGUGGGACGCUCCCUCCUGGUCCAGCCAAGCAAUACUACAAGGAGGAGAAGGAUAGUGGUCCAGGUGCCGUCUGUAAGAUGGAAGGUGAAGAGUCUGAAGAGGACUUGGACAGCCAAGGGUCAUACAACCGGGAGCAGAUCAUCGUGGAGGUGAACCUCAACAACCAGACCCUCAAUGUCUCCAAGGGCAUGGAGGGGAAAGCAGCUGCUGGCGAGGCGGCUGUGAUGGGGAGGCCUGAUGGUGAUGGGCGCGACACAGAGGAGGAUGGGGAGGAGGAGAAUGAGGAAGGGGAGGAAGAGGAAGAAGAGGAGGAGGAUGCAGAGGUGGGUGAGGAGGAGGAGGAGGAGCACAGCGAGGAGGAAGACCUGGAGGAGACGACAGAAGAAGAGGAUGAUGAUGACGAUGAUGAAGAUGCGUUGGAGGUGAAAAGGGAUAAGAGUGGGCAGCACCGCAGAGGCAGCCGGGUGUGCAAAGCCACCAAACCUGCCAUGGCAACCAGGUCUCAGGACAUGACCAAGGUGGAGGAGGAGGAGGAGGAAGAAGAGGAAGGCCAGCGAGGGAGGAAGAGGAAAAAGGAGCAGGACGGUUUGGGCCAGAAGGUGAAGCUGGAGGAGAAGCAGCACUACCCGUGCAAGAAGUGCCCCCGGGUCUUCAACAACCGCUGGUACCUGGAGAAGCACAUGAACGUCACUCACAGCCGCAUGCAGAUCUGUGACAAGUGUGGCAAACGCUUCCUGCUGGAGAGUGAGCUGCUGCUGCAUCACCAGACCGACUGCGAGAAGAACAUCCAG